UGCGUCCCUACUGAGUCACCAGCCAUUCCUGUCACUGGUGCUCAUGUGCCUCAAGGGCCAGGAUGAACAGCGGGAAGGCCUGCUCAACUCUCUCCACUCGCAGCUCUCGCAGUGUGUCCACAUCUCCAAGGAUGAGAAGCCUAUAGCAGAGGACUUGAAGAGUCGGCUGCUACUGCACGAGGCACUGUUGCUGAGGCUAAGCCUUGUGGGGGGCAUGUUCGACAUGAUUCAGCGCAACACAAGCCUCACCACCGACUGGGCCCUGCUGCUUGUGCAGCUUAUCAGCCAUGGGGUCGUUGACCUGCACUGCAACUU